GUUUGGGCAAAAUAAAAAGAUAUUUUUGAAAAAGGAUACGCUUCAGAUGACGGCACAAUUAUUUCAACAAGGAAAAGCAGGCAAAAGAAGAAAAACUUAGCAGAGUUCAAAAGUUACCGAAAUUGACCAUGUUUUUUAAGAACCAAGGAGAAAACAACGCCAAACCUCUGUUAAUUACGCACGAUGACAAGGAAAUAAAUGCUUCAAUUGAUGUUGCAUCAACAAGCAAACCCCAUUUGACAGAAAAAGAUGAGUUAAGUGAAAAUUCUAACAAUGAUUCUCAUUUGGCAGCGUCCACAUCUUCUGGGUUUUUAGUUUCUAAUGAUGUAUCAUUGUGGCCAACAACUCUAACAGAUGCAUUUCGAGCAAGUUGUGUAGAAAAAGGCUCAGAAUAUUUUCAAAACAAUGAUGGCGUGUAUGCAGCUUCCAAGCGUAACUUCAAAACACAAAAUAGAAGUCUUUCCGAUGUCCCUGAUGAUGCUAAGUUAGCGAAAGUGUACUUGGGCAAGAUUUGA